AUGGUGAAUAUGGUGGACUUCUAUCGGUCCUUGAUGAUGGGUGUGGCCAUUUCUGUUGUCUCAUUUGGUCAUUCCUUAAAGAGGAUGGAACCAGGCAUGAUUGGACAGUACGGCAAUGGGCUGAAAUCUGGGCAACUUGCUAGUUCAUUGUAUAUGUUCAUGUUUACGAAUGAAUUUUUGGUUUCCAGCGGUGCUAUGCGCAUUGCGAAAGAUUUUAUAAUGUUUACCAAGAAAGAUGGACUGUUGACAUGCCUUCUGCUGUCUCGUACUUUCCACGAAAUGUAUUCGUUAAAAGAAGUAAGCGUUUUGAGUAUCUUAGUCACUUGUUGCUUUGACGCGCUUUUCGAACAGUUUGAACGUAUAAGUGGUGCUUCGGGCACGCUGAUUGUGCUCUUCAACUUGAGGCGGAUCGAAACUGGCGAUUUUGAACUGAAUUUCGACGCUCCAUAUGAUGUACGGCUGUCGAACUUCGAAGAACAAAGAGAAGAGGAACGAAACUCUUUGCGAGCUUAUUUGUCUGUGCUGUAUCUAAAACCACACAUGAAGGUUUAUCUUCGCGGAAAAAAGGUUUUAACGACAAGGAUUCUCGGUACGUUACUGUAUCCAUACAAAUAUAAUUACACUGCGAAGAAUAUGAAGACUUGUGCCAUCAAAGAAUUUGAGAGAUGCGAGCAAAAAGUCCGGGAAGUAAACGAGAUGCUUCGCAUGACUUCAUCUGCUCUUGGUGAAUUUGAAGCAAAAUAUCGUGGACAAAAUAUACACACCAACAAAACACUCCGAAUGGAGCAGCGACUUUUAGCAAAAGCUCGCUCAGAUAUGGAAGCAAAGAAGGAUCAGGCUGAAAAGCGGGCUGCUUCAGCAAUGAAGGCGAAGAACAACCCAACUCCACUCACAUUUUAUUUUGGGAUUAAUAUUCAUCACAGAAAUCGUUACGGAUGUAUGUUAUAUAAUAACGGUCGCCUAAUUGAGAUGUAUGUAAAGGUACCUGUGCAGAAGGAAAAGAACGAUCUCUUAAUGAAAUGUCUCGGAGUUGUCGGCGUCGUCGAUGUUCCAUAUUCCAUCCUGGAGCCUACCCAUAAUAAACAAAGCUUUGAAAAUAAGCGAGAAUAUCUUUCGUUACUUCGAGCUAUGAAUGAUCAUAUGGAGCAAUAUUGGAAGGACAUCAAUUUGGCUGGCAGCGAAGGUCCAAGUGGUGUGAAGACGUUUUGGAAGAACUUCGGCUAUGAGAACUCUGAUUGGAGUUCGGAAUGUACAAAUCUGGCCGAGUAUCGAAAAAAGCGUUACAUGAGGAUUGGACAUACCAUACAAUGUGACAAAUGUUUAAAGUGGCGUCAUGUUGAGUAUCAUGCUCCAUAUGAGAUAAAUGGAAUACCGGAAAAUUGGUGUUGUAACGACCACCCGAAUAGUAUUUUUCGCGGUUGUUCAAAGCCUGAAGAAAUGCCAAAGGUACAUAUUGUUCUUUUUUCCCAAUUUUAUAUCAUAGUAGUUCACAAAAAAAUAGAGUAG